UGCCGGCGGCGGCUGCAGAACUGCCUGUACAACGUGCUGGAGCGGCCCCGCGGGGGGGCCUUCGUGUACCACGCCUUCAUCUUCCUCCUCGUCUUCAGCUGCCUGGUGCUCUCCGUCUUCUCCACCAUCCAGGAGCACCAGAAGCUGGCCAACGAGUGCCUCUUCAUUCUGGAGUUUGUCAUGAUCGUGGUGUUCGGCAUGGAGUACGUCGUCCGCGUCUGGGCGGCCGGCUGCUGCUGCCGCUACCGGGGCUGGAGGGGACGGCUCCGCUUUGCCCGGAAACCCUUCUGCGUGAUAGAUUUCAUCGUCUUCAUCGCCUCGGUGGCCGUCAUCGCCGCCGGCACCCAGGGCAACAUCUUCGCCACCUCGGCGCUGCGCAGCAUGCGCUUCCUGCAGAUCCUGCGCAUGGUGCGCAUGGACCGCCGCGGCGGCACCUGGAAGCUGCUGGGCUCCGUCGUCUACGCCCACAGCAAGGAGCUGAUCACCGCCUGGUACAUCGGCUUCCUGGUGCUCAUCUUCGCCUCCUUCCUCGUCUACCUGGCCGAGAAGGACGCCAACGCGCAGUUCGCCACCUACGCCGACUCCCUCUGGUGGGGCACGGUCACGCUCACCACCAUCGGCUACGGGGACAAGACGCCGCAAACGUGGCUGGGGCGGAUGCUGGCGGCCGGCUUCGCCCUGCUCGGCAUCUCCUUCUUCGCGCUGCCCGCCGGUAUCCUGGGCUCUGGCUUUGCCCUCAAGGUGCAGGAGCAGCAUCGGCAGAAGCACUUUGAGAAGAGGCGGACGCCUGCAGCAAAUCUCAUCCAGGCUGCGUGGCGGCUGUACUCGACGGACGCCAGCCGAGCGUACCUGAUGGCCACCUGGUGCUACUACGACAGCCUCCUGCCCUCCUUCAGAGAGCUGGUCCUAAUGUUUGAGCAUUUGCACCGAGCCCGCAACGGAGGAUUUAGGAAUUCAGAGGUGAAAAAAUGGCCCGACGGAGCCCCACCGCCGCCUUAUCAGUCCUUCACCUCUGGCCAGAAAAGCGCCGUCCCCGCGGCUUGUUCAGGGGAAAGCACCAAGAUGGGCAUCAAGGACCGCAUCCGGCUGGGCCCCCCGGGCAGCCGGGGCCGGCAGCACCUGGGCCCCCCCCUGCAGCGCUCCCCCAGCCCCGAGGACAUCCCCGAGGCCUCGAGCCCCAGCAAGGUGCACAAGAGCUGGAGCUUCAACGACCGCACGCGCUUCCGCGCCUCCCUCAGGCUCAAGCCGCGGCCCCCGGCCGAGGGUGACUGCCCGCCGGAGGACAGCGGCGAGGAGAAGAGCCCCCCCUGCGACCUGACCUUCGAGGACAUCAUGCCGGCGGUGAAGAGCCUGAUCAGGGCUGUCCGGAUCCUGAAGUUCCUGGUGGCCAAGAGGAAGUUCAAGGAGACCCUGCGGCCCUACGACGUUAAGGAUGUCAUCGAGCAGUACUCGGCCGGGCACCUGGACAUGCUGGGCAGGAUCAAGAGCCUGCAGACGCGCGUGGACCAGAUCGUGGGCAGGGGGGGCCCCGCUGCGGACAAGAAGAUGCGGGAGAAGGGGGAGAAAGCGGCGCCAGAGCCGGAGCCGGUGGACGAGCUGAGCAUGAUGGGGCGCGUGGCCAAGGUGGAGAGGCAGGUGCAGUCCAUCGAGCACAAGCUGGACCUGCUGCUCGGCCUCUACUCGCAGUGCCUGCGCAAGGGCUGCACCAACUCCUUCAGCCUGGGCGCCGUGCGGGUGCCCCCCGGCGAGCCCGACAUCACCUCCGACUACCACAGCCCCGUGGAGCACGAGGACAUCUCGGCCUCCGCCCAGACGCUGAACAUCUCCCGCUCGGCCAGCGCCAACAUGGACUGA